AAUGUGUGCUUUUUCUAGCUUAUGUGUGUGGUGAAGGAACUGGACUCAUCAUGGAAAAACCAUUUUGCAUGGGUGAGAGCCUCAACGGAACAUGUAGAUUAGAUAUUGAAGUGGAAAAGAAAUUGGUAGAUGAGAAAAUGAAUCAACUCCGAACACAAGAAGUUGCAUUGGCCAUGAAGGAUUUUGGAUUGAAAAGGGCAAAGUUGUAUGGAUGGCCGAACACUUACGUAUUUACAAAGGCAAUGGGGGAAAUGCUUUUAGGGAGCUUCAAAGAUAACUUGCCCCUUAUUAUUAUGCGUCCUACGAUAAUAACCAGUACUUAUAAAGAGCCAUUUCCCGGUUACAUUGAAGGUUUAAGAACUAUUGAUAGCUUUAUUGCUACAGUCGGGAAGGGCAGAGUCAAAUGUUUUCUUGGUAAACCUGAGACAAUCAUGGAUGUCAUGCCAGUAGACAUGGUGGUAAAUUCAAUGCUUAUGGCUCUGUGGGCUCAUGCACAUCAACGUUCGUCAGAAAAUACAAAAAUUUACCAUGUUGGCACCUCGCUUAGAAACCCUCUUAACAUCUCAAAUCUUCAUGAUCUUAUCAUUCGCUAUUUCACUCAAAAUCCAUGGAUCAACAGAAAGGGAAAGCCUGUUCGGGUCACCAAAGUUAAAUUCUUGGGCAGCAUGGCUAGAUUCAGAAAUUACAUGACUCUUAGAUAUGUGCUUCCAUUAAAGGGAUUGGGUCUCGUAAAUGCAGUUUUUUGCAAGCAUUUUCAUGCUGCUUAUGAGAAUCUUCACCGAAUGAUCAAAUUGGUGAUGCGAUUGGUAGAACUCUAUGAACCCUACGCAUUGUUCAAGGGCAUUUUCGAUGAUACAAACUCAGAAAGUUUGCGAAUGGCAGCAAGAGAGGAUGGUGGUGGAUUUGACUUCAACCCUACGUGCAUUAAUUGGGAGGACUACAUCCUCAACAUUCACAUACCCGGCCUCAGAAAAUAUAUAAUGAAAUAAUGAAUUUAGCCAUGAUAGAUAAAAUGAGUAUUGUUUACUCGUUGCUACUGCUAUCUGUUUGGUUCAAAUAUUGAGUAAGCCUAUUAGUUUCUAGAAUUAGUAAGACAGCAACUACAUAGGU